ACUUUUACUACGAUAACAUCAGCCAAACGAGGGUGAGGGCUAUGUUGGGUUCAGUGGGAGUGAGUGGAACAGGCCGUGCUAAUUAGUCGUGGAUUCAGCAACGGGGUUCCAUCCACUGCACGGGCCCUACCUGCUCCGUCGUACUGUGUAAUUCGGCCGUUGCGUGUCCCGCGAUCGUGUCACGGCUCGAAGCAGAACGGCGAUUAGGCUCGUCCCUUUCGCCGUCAUCCCCUUUGAUCUCGCGUUCCGCCAGCAGCAGCGUAUCCGUCGGUUUCAUUUUCAGCCCGUCGUGCGUCGUCAAUCCGACUUCUGACGCGGUUUGCCUUUUAACUCGUUGUGUCUUAAUCUUGCCAUGGCCGUGCCGGAGCCCGAGCCUCCGCCGUCGUCCGCGGCGGUUCCGCCGCCGCCGCCGCCGCCGCUUCUGUUCCUCGCGAAGACGGCGCUACGAAGCAGCGCAGUGCUGCAGGCUGUGGCGGGAAGGUUCCUCGCAGCAUCGUCGUACGAUGUCGUGUUUGGGAAGGAGUCGUGCGUGGAGCUGUUGGAGGUGCUGCCGGACGGCUCGCUGUCGUCCGUGUGCGAGCAGCCCGUCUUCGGCACCAUCAUCGCCCUGCAAGCCCUCCCCCCCAACCCCCGCCUCCUCCCCUCGCCUCCGCCGUCCCACCACCCGCACGCUGCCGCCGCCGCCCCCCCGCCCACUCCCCCCCUCGCGUCCCUUCCGCUCCCCGUGUCCCUGUCGCCAUACCUUCCGCCGUUCCGCGCCCUCUCCCCGUCCCGCCCGCUGGGGGGGAUGGCCCCGGGGGGAGGGGGGUCGCUGGCGCAUUUGAGAGGAGGGGCAGCGGGGGGGGCAGGGGGAAACGGUCCGGGCGAUAAGUAUGCGGGCAGGGAUCUCCUGGCGGUGCUGUCGGACUCGGGCAAGCUGUCUAUCCUCGCUUUCGAUGCCGACCUCAACAGAUUCGUCGCCCUGCGACACGUGGCGCUUUCUGAGAGGCCGCGGUCUCUGCAGUCCUUUGCGCCCAGGGAGCUUGGUCGGUUGCUGGCAGUGCACCCCUUGGGCAGGGCGGUGGCAGUGGCUGCGAUGGAGGGGCGAGUGGCAGUGCUGCCAGUGCUGCACUCGCCCACGUGCGACCGACUAGUUGCCAAGCCCAUUGUCUUCCCCUCUCCCACCACCACCUCGUCCUCCCUACCUUCCUCACCUGCCGCCAUGGCAUCAGCACCCCCUUUCACACACGCGCAAGCACCACCACACACCUCCUCCUCUCCCUUCUCUCAUCUCCUCCGCACCCAGCCUCCCCCCAUUGCCCCCGGCACCAUCUGGAGCAUCGCCUUUGUCUCCGCACCACUCUGCACCACAUCCAAUCGUCCUGCUGCUGCUGCUCCAGCAGCAGCAGGUGCUGGGGCUACUGCCAGCUUUCCUGCUGCUCCAUCUGCUGCUGCUGCUGCUGCUGCUGCUGCUGCUGCUGCUGCUGCUGCUGCUGCUGCUGCUGCUGCUGCUGCUGUCAGCGCAGCACCAGCGGCAUCUCCUUCGGCCGUCUCUCCUGCGUUCCAUGUCCCCUCGUCACUCCCCUCUGCGGCAGCUCCGCCGCUGCUGUACCUCCCCCCGCCAGCGGCCACCACCAUCUCUCCCUGUGCGUCUGCCAUCAAUGCAGCAGCGGCAGCAGCGGCAGGGGACGGCAGUCCUGCUGUCUUUGCUGCUCUAGGACCGUCGCAGCAGCAGCAGCAGCAGCAGCAGCUGGUGGGGGGAGGCGAAGGGUUCAGUCCCUUGUACCUUGCAGUGCUUUCGCAUAGUAAGGGCUCCUCCUCCUUCGAGCUUGUUCUCCUCUGCUGCGACCCCGCUCUCGGCUCUCUCCGCUGCACCGCCUCUCUCCCCAUACCUGCGCGCCCCUGCCCCAUGCACCUCGUCACGCCCCCCCGCACGCCCAACAUGCUCCUACUGCUGCGCGAGGGGAGCGUGGUGGUUAUUGGGAGGGGCGGAUACAGGGAGCAGCAGUCAACGAGGAGCGUGGAAGGUACCGUCGACUGCAGCAUUGAAUGCAUGACCGCUGCUGCCUGCAGCAGCAGCAGCAGCAGCAGCAGCAGCAUGAGUGGUGGUACAGUCCAGGGUGCUUCAGAGAAUGAGGCCAUUCGACUGGCAGGGAGAGAGGUGCUAGUGGUUGAAGCAGAGGAGAGGGAGGGUGGUGGGAAGCGGUUAGAAGAGGAGGCAGAGGAGGCAGAGGAGGCAGAGGAGGCAGAGGAGGCAGAGGAGGCAGAGGAGGCAGAGGAGGCAGAGGAGGCAGAGGAGGAGGGCAGGGUAAGAGGGGAGGUGAUGCGGAGAGGUGAUGCGGAGGCGGAGGAAGUACAUGCAGAUGAGCAGGAUGGUAGUAGCACACGUGAGGGGUUGCCUGCAGCCGUCACUUCAUCCCGUCGCUGCGACCCCGCUCAACCAUCCCUUCACCCACCUGCCCCCCAGUCUGUGCACUCUUCGUUGUCCCCUUCCGCCUCGCCCUCCCCCUCCCCCUUCGCUCUCCUCGCCCACCAUGCGCUCAGGCUUGCUCUCACGCACGGGGAUGGGGGAGGGGGGGGAAGUGGGGGAGGGGGAGGAAGUGGUGGAGGGGGAGGAAGUGGGGGAGGGGAGGAAGUGGGGGAGGGGGAGGGCGGCACAGAGGACGAGCAGUCCGAGGGACGUGAGGAGGUGGCGAUGGGGGACGAGAGGGGAGAGAGCGAGGGGGGGGAAGAGGAAGAGCCAGAGGAAGAGUUUGAGGGGGAGAGAGAAUGGGGAGAGGAGGAGGAGCAGCAGCAGGAGGGCGAGGAGGAGGUGGAGGAGGAGGAGGAGGAGGAAGAGGACGAGGAGGACCCCCUGGGAUUGCGGUUGUUGGAGGAGGCAGGGGGAGGGGAGGAUGGCCCGCUGAUCAGCAGCUGGAGCUGGGAGGUGCAAACGGCGCGUGAGAGAUGGUGUACCAUGGCGCAUGGGCAUGGGCAUGGGAAUAGAGGGAAGGCAACAGCAAAGGUUGGCAGAGGCAGUAAUGUGUGGUGCGGCGGUGAUGGGGCAGGGGCAGAAAGUGUGUGGGGGGAGGGGGACGUGGUGAUGAGGGAGAGCGCGGGGGGCGAGGGGGUGCAGGGGGGCGAGGGGUGCGAGGACCAGGGGGGUAAGGAGCAUGCACACGGAAAACUGGAUGGGCAGACGUUGGAGGAGGAGCAGGAGCAGGAGCAGGAGCAGGAGCAGGAGCAGACGCGUCAAGAGCAGCGGCGGUGGAAGCAGCCCAGGAGGGAGGAGAGGGAAAGUUCAGGUGGCGGGUGUGUGGUGAGGGAGGAGCGUCUCCUGCUGUGCACGGACCAAGGCACCCUCCGCGUGCUCUCCCUGCAGCAACACACCCCCUUCUUCUCCUCCGCCUCCGCAUUCGCCCCCACCUCUCCCGUCUCCUCCUCUCCCCGUAGCCCCCUCCACACGUCCGCCAUCCCCCCCACGUCUCGCGCCUCCCCCCCGUCCCCCUGCUCGCCCAUGUCCCCCCAGUGCGCGCCCCAGGAAGCGGAGGAGAGGAGGGAGAGCGAGGGGCAGGAGGAGGCGGAAGCGGAGGGAGAGCAAGGAGCGGGGCGCGGAGGUGUGAGUGACCGAGGAGGGAGGAGAGAGGGCAGAGACAGAGGGGUGGUGGGAGAGGAAAUGCGAGUGCAGGUGUGGCUGUCGCCGGUGCUAGCGAGCGGGGUGGCAGUGGGCGCUGUGGCAUGGGCGGGGCGGCACACGGUUGUGGCGGCUGCUGCUGCCGGGUCAGGGUGUGUGUUCCAGGUGGGGGGGGAGAGCAGGGGGGAUGAGGUGCAGGGGGAGGCGUGUGAAGUGGGGAGGGGACGAGCGAACGGUGGAAUUGUUGGGGGUUUGGAGGGAGAAGAGGAGAGGGAGGAGGGGGCUGGUGGUAGGGAUGAGAGAGGAGAGGUGAGUGGGAUGGGACUUGAUCGACAGGUGGUGGAAAAGGACGCACGCACACGCGACCCUACUGCUGCUGCUGGUGGGGCUGAUGGGCAGAAGGAGGGCAAGGAGGGAGCCUCGGGCAGAUGGGUGUUGAUGGAGUGCGACAGGGAUGCAGCAGCACUCAGCAAACCCGGCACCAAGCAUCACACUCCCGCUCCAUCCCUCUAUCCCAAUCCUCUCCCGUCAUCCUACCCACUCCCAUCUCCCCCUAUGUCACUCACCCCGCACUCCCCUAUCCCCGGCAUAGCCCCGCUCACUGACUUCACUCUAGCGGACCUGGGCGGGCAGCAGCAGGAUCAGGUGGUGGCGGCGUGCGGGGAGGGGCUGGGGGGCGCGGUGUGUGUGGUGCGCAAUGGGGUGAGCGUGGAGCGGCUGCUGUCGACCGCACCUGAGUACCACGGGGUCACGGGCACGUGGACGGUGCGCGUGCGGGCUGGGGACGAGCAACACUCGCUCUUUGUCAUGUCGUUUGUCUCCCAGACACGUGUGCUGGCCGUGGGCAGCCGUUUCAGGGACGUGUCGGACGCGGUGCCUCUGGCCCUCUCCUCGCCCACGCUCGCGGCAGGCCGCAUCCUGGACGGCUACCUGGUGCAGGUCACACCUGGCCAGGUGCGCCUGUGCCGCGUGCCGCACGCACUCAUGGGGGGGAGCAAGGGGGAGGAGGGACGAGAGGGGGGUGAGGGGAUGGAUGCUGCAGCAGAUGGUGCAUGUGGUGGUGCUGGUGGUGGGAUGAGUGCCGGUGGGGUGUCACCAGAUGGGCGAGUUUGGCUGCCACCCUCCCUCACAACCUCCUCUUGUGCCACUGCCAGCAGCAGUGGUGGCAGCAGCAGCAGCAGCAGCAGCAGCAGGCAACCCAUAGCCGUGGCAGCAGUGUCCAGCGGGGUGGUGCUAGUGGCACUCACAUGCAACCCCCCGGUGCUCGUUAUGCUCACCUGCUCCCUGCUCCCCCCAUCACCACACCAACACGCAUCAACCCCUCACCACCCGUCACCCCAUAAUCCCCCUGUGGGGGCAUCACCCAGUGAUGCUGGGCGCACCUCUCUGCACCCUCGUGUGUGCCUGGUGGAGGUGUCUCGGUACUCCCUGCAGUACGAGCUCUCCUGCAUCCACAUUCCAGACGACACCUUCCCUCCUCUGCCACACGCACUCGGUCUUGAUCAGGGGCUCGAGCAGCGGCACGAACAGCAACAGGCAAAGGGAGCAACGUGGUUCAGUGAACCAACAAGAGCAGCUACAGCAGCAGGAGCAGGAGUCCCAGCAGCAGCAGCAGCAGCAGCAGCAGGCGUAUCUCUCGUUGGCCGCGUGGCCCUGCUGGGCACAUACGAGCCGUCCGUCCGUGUCGUCUCUCUCGACCCCGCGCACCUCUUCCGCCUCGUAGCCCUCGCGCCCCUGCGCUCGCUCCCUCUCCCCGCGGCGGCGCGCGGCAGCAGCAUGGGCGGGAGCGUGCCGGAGAGCACAUGCCUGCUGCUCUUCGACCAGGCGUACGUGGCUGUGGGGCUCCGCAACGGGACGCUCGUCCGCUUCGCGUGGCCGCAGGGGCAGCAGCCGCAGGGGCUACAACCCCAGGGGCUGCAACCACAGGGGUUACACUCGCAGGGCUUACAGCCGAUGCAGGGGAUACAGGCAGCACAGGAGCAACACGGGUACAUGAAAGAGCCGUCGCGUGGGCUCGCACAGCGGGCCAUUCACCCCUCCACAACCCCCUCCCACCUGCCGUCCUCCUCUCUCAACCCCUCCGCUCGCCCGCCCUCAUCCGCCACCCUCACCCCGCCACGUGCCGUGCAGCUGGAGCUGGUGGCCGACCGGCGGCUGGGGCUGUCCCCCGUGGUGCUGGUGCCGCUGCAGGCGUCGCUGCAGUGCGACGUGGUGGCGAUGAGCGAGCGACCGUGGCUGCUGGUGCACUCGUCGCACAGCAUGCGGCCGCUGUGCGCAUCCAUCUCCUUCCCAGCGUGCACGCACGCCGCGCCGCUCUCCUGCGCGGGCUGCACCAGCGGGAUCAUCUUCGUGGCCGACAGGUCGCUGCACAUUGUGGAGUUAGCCCGAGCCCGUCGCCUGGACAUGCAGCACAUGCCGCUGCACGCCACGCCCCAACGCCUCCUCCUCCACCCCUCCUCCCGCACCCUCCUCGUCGCCUGUGCUGCCCCGCCCCCCCACCCCCUCCCCUCCCUCUCCUCAUUCCUCAACCAGCCGUCCCCUCCGCCUACUCCCCCCUUGGUUCCCUCCCGGCCUGACCUCCGGUGCCUGGACCCUUCCUCAGGGUCCGUCCUUUCUACCUUUGACCUUCCGGCAUCCUCGCGCACGCGCUCACUCGCUCUCUGGCAACCGCAGAGGCCGAGAGCGCGGGGCAGGAAGGCCGGGGGGAAGAGUGGGGCGGAGCGGGGGAAGGGGAAGGGGAAGGAGGAGGGGGCUCCGGAGUUGAAACGGACGGAUAGAGUGCGGGGGGUGGGGGGAGCGGAGUGCAGAGAGCGGUUGGCUGAGUGGCAGGGAGGAGGGGAGGAAGAGGGAGAGGGGGAGGAGGAGGUUCGGGUGCAGGAGUUGGUGGUGGUAGAGGAAGAGAUGGGGGAUGAGGACGGAGACCUGACAGCAGAAAUCACUGCUCAGCAGCAGCAGCCGCAGCAGGGGCAGCAGCAGGGGCAGCAGCUCUUGACGCCCAUACAGAGCCCACCACCAUCCACGCCACAACUGACCUCUGACGCCCCUCCCCCGCUCCACCACGCGCCCUCCUCCUCCCACUCCCAGCAGCAGGAGCCUUCCCCUCUCGCCCCGCUCCCCCAGGCGCACACCCCCUCUCGCAUCUCUCUCUCUUCCACGGCCGCCCUGCAGCACCACACGGGGCAGCAGGCAGGGGGGGAGGUGGCGUUUGGGGAGGAACAGCAGGGAAAGCAGAGGCGGAGGGAGCAUGGGAGCAGGCAUGAGUUUGUGAUGCUGGGAACAGAGGAGACGGAAGGGUCUGAUACUGGGGGCACUCUCUACAUGCUGCGCCUCCAGCCGUCUCCCCAGCCCUCCUCCAGAACCCCUCCUUCCCGCCCCUCCUACCGCUCCCUCCCUCCCCUCCCUCCUCUCUCCACGCCCCUCUCUCCCGCCCAACUGGUUGGCUCAGCAGCAGCCACAGCAGCAUCCCAACUCGGUGCAGCAGCGGCAGCAGCAGCAGCAGCAGCAGCUCCUGCCGCUGGCAGGGGAGGGAGGGGAGGAGAGGAGGCAGGGGCGGCAGAGAGGCUUGUGGGCCUGAGUGGGGUGCUGGAGCGGAUGAGACGGGCGGUGGCUGCUGCUGAGAGACGGGGAGGGGGGGAGGGCGGGGGAGCAGGGGGUGCUGGGGGAGCCGGAGUUGGCAACGGGUUUGAUCCUGCUGGGGGCAGUGGUGGGGACGAUGGAGAGAGAGGCCAGGCAGCAGCAGAUACGUCAGCAGCAGAGUCAGCAGCAGCGGUGGCGGUGGGGGGAUGGCAGGUGGUUCUGGUGCGGUCUGUGCCCAUGCCCGGGCCGGUGUGUGCCAUCGUGCCCUUCCUGCACAAGUACCUGCUGGUUGCUGCUGGAAACAUGCUUCUCUGCUUCGCCUUCUCCCCCCGGGUGUACCUGCGGCGAGUGGCGACAGUCAGAACCCGCCACGCCAUCCGCUCCCUCUCCGUCCAACCAUCCCCGCACUCCCCUCUCCCACCCUCCACCCCCCUCCCCUCCUCCUCCUCCUCCUCCUCUGCGUCCGCUGUAUCUGCCUCUCCGUCCUCGGCCUCAUCCUCCCCUUGCGUUCUGGUGGCUGACUCGAGGGAUGGCGCGCUGCUCUACGCCUUCCAUGAGGCGGCGGCACGGUUUGAGCUGGUGCAUGCGGACCCGUCGCGGCGCCUGUCGUCCACGUGCCUGCUGCUCUCCUCGCACCCCGCCGCUGCCCUCGCCUGCGACCGACGCGGCGCCCUCUGCCUCCUCUCCUCGCCCCCUCCGCCCUCUGCAGCUGACCUUGGCCUGCAUGCAGCGUGCGCAGGAAACAGCCCGGAGCACAACCUGCAGGAGAGGGCGUGGUUCUACCUGGGGGAAGGGGUGCAAGGCAUCAAGAAGGGCUCCCUGGCAUACCGCACUCCGCUCGCCUCAACCGACCGCCACCUCUCAAAGCAACAGCAGCACCUGCAGCUGCAGCAGCCGCAGCGACAGGAGCAGGAGGGGGACGGGGACGAGGCAGGAGAGGGAGGAGAGGGGGGGGCGGCGGGAGAGGGAGGAGGGAGCAUGGGUGGUGGGAAGGCGAUGGGGGCAGAGAGAGGGAGGGAUGGUGUCAGGAGUGGCGGUGACUCGUCCAUGGGUGCUUCGUCUCUCGUGCUCUCCACUCUUCUGGGAUCCGUUGUCACCCUGCUGCAACUCUCCAGAGCGGACUACGCGCUGCUGUCACUGAUAGAGCGGCGCCUGGCAGAGCACCCACUCACAGCACCGCUCCUCGGCAACAGCCAUGCACAGUUCCGAUCCAAAGGGGCUCCGCCGCACGUGUUGCGUGUGCUAGACGGUGACAUGCUCUCACAGUUCCUGCAGCUCUCGCCCCGCCAGCAGCACCAUGUGCUCACAGGCGCCUCAGCAGAUGCCGCCUCCUCUCUCCUUGGUCCCUCCUACUCCGCGUCCCUUCCAACCUCCGCUGCCAUUCUAGGCAGCAGCAGGAGGAGGAAAGACACCAGGAUGGCCCAUGCUGCUGCUGGGGGCAGCGGCAGCAGCAGCAAUGGCAGCGGCAGUGGCAGUGGUAGUGGCAGUGGCAGCGGCAGCAGCGGUGGGGAGGGCACUGGGGAAUGGCGGACGUCUGCGCUGUUGGACCUGCUGGAAGGCCCUCGGGAGAGACCAUGGGGGGGAGCAGGCCGAGGUGCUGCUGAUGCAGCAGCUGACGCAGCUAAAGCCACUGCUGCAGCAAUUGGUGCUGGAGGUGCUACUGUUGGUGAUGGCAGGAGCGCUGCUGGCCUGGAUCAGGAAGCCGGAGCAUGGAGGGAUGGAGGACGGCAGAAUGCGGGAGAGGAGGGGCCGGCAUACCGCUCCCUUGAUAUUGCUGAUGCUGCUGAGACUGGCAUUGACGCUGAUGCUGAUGCUGAUGCCGAUGCUGACGCUGAUGGCAACAUGAAUCUUGAUGUGCGAAGCCCUCAAUUAGGACGUGAGAGGGAGGCUGCCGGUUUGAUGAGUGGGAUGGGUGGGCCAUGGUCCCUGCAGGCGCUGCGAUCCUGCAUUGACCCCCUAGAAGAGGGUGACGCGCCGGUGCCCUUGCAGGCCGUGUUACGGCUGCUGGAACGAGUUCACAAUGCACUCACUUGAGCCACCACUUCAGAGCAGUAUAAAUAGGAAGUUGCCAUUGUCAUCAUUGCAUUGAAUUUGGCGAGAGUAGAGCCGACAUAUGCAUUGCAUUUGCAUUAGUGCAGGGUUCCAUAAGGUAAUAAAA